ACCUCUUACCAACAAUGAAUAGCAUCAAAACCGUGAUUGUGUGUUGCCUCCUGGUGGCCGUUUCUGCUGGUGUAGACCGAAGUAGAAGAUCCAACAGAUUCCUUCCUGGAGGGUUGGCUGGGGUCCACGGAGGCGGUGUGUUUGGCGGCGGUAUCAAUGGUGGUGGAAUCCACGGUGGCAGUGCUAUUAUCGGUGGUGGAAUCUCCAAUAGUCCAAGUGAAUGCAGAUAUUGGUGCAAGACUCCGGAGGGUCAAGCCUACUGCUGCGAGACAGUGCAUGAACCAGAGACACCUGUUGGUACCAAGCCACUGGAUUGUCCACAAGUCCGUCCCACAUGCCCACGUUUCCAUGGCCCCCCCACUACCUGUUCCAACGACUACAAGUGUGCUGGCCUCGAUAAGUGUUGCUUCGACAGGUGUUUGGGAGAGCACGUGUGCAAACCUCCCUCAUUUUUCAAUAACCAUCUCCCAUUUUAAAUCUUGUUAUAUCUAAUGAAUAAUCAGCAGUCUUCCGGAUAACCAAAGACAAAUAAUUAAUUUGUAAAUGUAGAUUUUAAUAAAACUGUAUAUGUUUAUUUCUA